AUGAGAGUAGAGGAGCUCAUUAUUGACGGUUUCAAGUCAUAUGCUGCCAGAACCGUUAUAUCUGGCUGGGAUGAGCAGUUCAACGCCAUCACCGGUCUGAAUGGAUCGGGAAAGUCCAACAUCCUAGAUGCCAUAUGUUUUGUUCUCGGUAUCGCCAGUAUGUCUGUGGUUAGAGCUUCCAAUUUGCAAGAUCUGAUAUAUAAAAGAGGCCAGGCUGGUGUUACGAAAGCGAGUGUUACUAUUGUCUUUGAAAAUAGCGAUAAGUCGAAAUCGCCAUUUGGUUUCGAGAAUACUCCACAAAUCAGUGUAACAAGGCAGGUCGCACUAGGAGGAACUUCAAAGUAUCUGAUAAACGGAAGAAAAGCACAACAGCAAGUUGUUUUGCAGUUAUUCCAAAGUAUUCAAUUGAACAUCAACAAUCCAAACUUUUUGAUCAUGCAGGGAAAGAUCACAAAGGUGUUGAACAUGAAGCCUGCUGAGAUUUUGUCUCUGAUUGAGGAAGCGUCCGGUACGAAAAUGUUUGAGGAUCGCAGACAGAAGGCUGAAAAGACUAUGGCAAAAAAGGAUGUGAAGCUGGUUGAAAUCGGUGCUAUCUUGAAGGAAGAGAUCGAGCCAAAGCUGGAGAAACUGAGAAGUGAGAAAAGGUUCUUCCUGGAAUACCAGGAUACCCAGACUGAUCUGGAGAGACUCACCCGUGUUGUCUCUGCUCAUAGAUAUCAACAGGUUUCCGCAAAGUAUCAGAAGUUGGUGGAUUCGUUGAGCAAUCGCGAACAAAACUCUACUGUCUUGAAAACACAAUGUGAAACACUCGCUGUUGAGAUUGGAUCUUUGGAAGAGGACCUUCAAGAGACUUUACGAAAGAAGCAGAGUGAACUCAGUAACAGUGGGCAGUUCAAGGAUCUUGAGGUUCGUGAAACCACCUUGAAUAAUGACAUUUCAAGACUGCUUACUCAAAGAGACUUGAAAGCUGAGAAUCUCAAGGAAGAGCAAAUAAAACAGCAACAGAUGGAAACCCAGGUUCAGCAAUUUCACAGAACGCUGCAAUCUGGUAAGGGUGGGUUGGAUGCGUUGAAGUCAGCCCAUUCCGCUACCGAAUUGGAACUGGAUGAGUGCAAGAAGCUUCAUAAAUCCAAGGAAGAGUUGCUGUCUACAUUAUCGACCGGGCUCUCGUCGUCUGGAUCUACAGAGAGCGGAUACACUGGACAGCUCCAGAAUGCUCGCAAGCAACUGUCUGAUAGUGGUGUCAAGGUGAAGCAGUCUCAGCUCCAGAUAAGCCACUUACAGAAGGAGAUUGCUUCUAAUAAAGCCAGAGUCAAGUCUGCUCAAUCAGAAAUUGAAGAGCUCAUGCAUAAUAAAGAAUCUCAAAAACAAACGUGUCAGGCACUUCAUGAUAAGCUCGGCAAGAUUGGGUUUGAUCCGGACCGUUUCAAAUCUCUGAAGCAAGAAAGGGCGUUGGUCUCAAAAGAUCUUCAAAAUGCUCGUAGAGAUGCUGAAGGUUUGAAACGGAAUCUUUCAAGAUUGGACUUCAGCUACUCAAAACCAUCCCCCAACUUCAACGAUUCGUCGGUCAAAGGUGUUGCUGCUCAGUUGUUUUCAGUUAGUGAUGAGAGUCUGGACUACGCUUCUGCCCUGGAAGUCGCUGCUGGAGGAAGGCUUUAUUUCGUGGUUGUGGACACUGAUGUUACCGGUUCUCAGCUUCUCGACAAAGGUCAAUUGAAGAAGCGUGUGAGUAUCAUCCCGUUGAACAAAAUUUCUGUCAGAAACCUUGAUCCAAGGGUGGUGGACCUUGCCAAAGAACUUUGCCCAGGUAAUGUUGAGGCUGCCAUUGAUCUGGUGGAGUACGAUUCUGAAGUCGCGAAAGCUAUGCAGUUUGUAUUUGGAGGUAAAUUUGUGUGUCGUGAUGGUGACACUGCUGAAAAGAUUGCUUUCCAUCCAAAGAUCAGAACGAUGUGUGUUACUGUGGACGGUGAUACCUAUGAACCAGGUGGAAGGUUGUCUGGAGGUGCCAGAAGAUCGAAAUCUUCGAUGCUCGUCGCGAUUCAGAGAUUCAAUAAGGUCAACCAAAAAGUCAAGGUGUUGCAGUCAAAGCUUCAAAACAUUGACCAAGAAUUGAAUGAGCUUUCUGCGUUGAGUGAGCAGACAAAGUCGCUGCAGCAGGAGUACAAUGUUGCUCAGCAUCAGCUUAGCAUUAUCGAAAGGUCUUUGGAAUCGAAUCAGGCGGCUACGCUACUAAAAAAGCAGCAGGCCAGUCAGGAAGAGAUCGAGUCCCUCAAAGAAUCGGUUAAAGAAGAAGAAGCUCAGAUGUCCCAAAUUGAAAAGCAAAUAAACGAUAUUGAGAAGGACAUGAAGGAGUUUAACUCUAAUAAAGGCCAGAAGCUCGAGGAGCUGAAGUCAGAAAUCUCCGGUCUUGCUAAGAACAUAGCGAAGCUGGAAGAUAUUUUGGAAACAAAGUUCAGUGAUUACCAGUCAGCCCAAUAUGAGAGUGACCAGGUAGUCGAUGAUCUUGCAGCUUUGACAAAGAGCGUUGAGGAGAGCAAAUUAUCCAUUACCGAACUGCAAUCUCAGAUUCAUGAUCUUGAGGCAUCAAUCGCUGAACUGCAGGCGCAAUUGAGCACCGUCAGCGAUAGAUUGCAAGCAGAGAGAGCAAAAAUGGCGAGCAUAGAUGAAGAAGUCCACGAUAUCAAGUCUGUUCUGGAUAGGAAGACGAAAGAGUCGAACGCCAAAAAGUUAGAACUCCAGAAGCUAACGAAUGACCUGGAGAAGUACGUGUCUGUCAGAGACUCUUUGAAGAAACAAUUGCAAACUUUGAUUGAGGAUAAUGAAUGGGUUGCUGAUGAAAAUGAGGUGGCCAGUGUGCUUAAAGAAACUCCAGAUAUUGACUUGGAAGAGUGCGAAGCUAGAAUCUCCAAAUUAGAAGACCGUUUCCAGGGAAUGAGGAGAAAAGUCAACACUAACAUUAUGAGCAUGAUUGAAAACGUUGAGAAAAAAGAGCUGUCUUUGAAAAAUAUGAUCAAGACGAUUGAGAAGGAUAAAUCCAAGAUCGAGGAAACUCUGACCAAACUGAAUGAGUACAAACGCACCACUUUGGUGGAAACUUGGCACAAAGUUUCUACUGAAUUUGGGCAAAUCUUUGGCGAUCUGCUACCACAAGCAUUUGCAAAGUUGGAACCACCCGAAGGAAUGGAUGUCUCUCAGGGUCUUGAGGUAAAAGUCAAGCUGGGAAAGGUCUGGAAAGAGAGUCUUGUGGAACUUUCAGGUGGACAGAGGUCUUUGAUUGCUCUCUCUUUGAUUCUGGCAUUGCUCCAAUUCAAACCAGCUCCAAUGUACAUUCUGGAUGAAGUUGAUGCUGCUUUGGAUCCAAGUCACACGCAAAACAUUGGACAUCUGAUCAAGACCAGGUUCAAGGGUUCGCAAUUCAUCAUUGUGUCUUUGAAGGAUGGUAUGUUUUCGAAUGCCAAUAGGAUCUUCAGAACCAGAUUCCAAGAUGGUACCUCGAUGGUUACUACGUUGAAAUGA